AUGAAGCACGGCCAAUGGAGUCCAAGCCAGGAUUUUCCUAUGCGGUUGAGCUGUUUGCAGCCUUCUAGGGUAAAGCGGGGCAUCGUAGCAGAGGUAAUAGUGAUGAUGGAGGUUAUGGUGGCGCUGAUAAGCGACCUAGAUGGUCAAGAAACGACACACAAGAGACAAUUAUUCCUUCAAUUCAAAAGCGUUUCAAAGAAAUACCCAUCGAAGGAGGCUGCCGCUGCCAGUGAAGCCAACAUGGUCAUGUCGGAGAACGUCAUCAGUAGUUCCAUCGGGAAUUACGAGUCCAAGGAAGUCAUAGUCUCCCUUAUCCAACGCGACAUCAACUUCUUUCCUCCACCGGUCCCGAGCCACGAUGGCUUGCUAGAGCGUUCCUCCUUUCUGCUCGAGCGGCUCAACGGCAUCGCUCAUCAUGCCAAGGCGGAGCUAGUAAAGUUCUUGCGUGAUUGGACUCUCACCAGACAUCGUCAGACAACUCAGGGGAAGCUGCAACAGAUCAACUUUACCGCUACUAGAUGCCGACAUGACGAGAAGCAACCCAUUCGGGCGCAGCGAAACCUUAUCCCGGCAUUGAAACGCUAG